UAAGAAAUUGUGGUCCGCAGCAACAACCCGUCAACACUCCGAGAUUCGGGUAAGUGAAUGUCUGAUGACAUUUUCCUACUAAAACAACAAUUCCGUCACUCAGACCCGGAAGACGGGUAACGGCCAGCAAAGAUUUCGUUCGCAGAAUGCUAACUGCAAUUACCCUUCGUUUUUUACACAGGAAUUCCGGAUAGUGCCAGGGGAAAGGAACCCCUUUGCGUCCGAAUCGACCCAGCGAAGAUCCGACGAGAUCCAGCACGAAGAGGCCUUCUGAAAAGAGGGCUUUUUUGUGGUGUGGCAUUUUCCACACACACGUGGAAUCGUCGCCGCGUUGGAUCAUCGCUUGCAGGAGAUACCGGUGUUGGAUCGCUUCAAGGGUGCUCACUGCCGAAGAGAAGUCAAUUCCGGCCAGCACUUGAGGGAGCUGUUCACCUCGAAGUGAACUGUGGUGACCCUCAGUGCGCAGCGACCAACACCACCGGAGCGGAUUGCACAUUACUUCAGGCACUAUUGCCUAGUACAUUUCAUUCCCCGGCCACUAGCGCCGCAGGGGAAAUCACCCCGGAGAACCAAAACCGGGUCAGCGGUUAUUUGUGUUCCGGCCACGAGCGCCGAAGGGAAUUUGAGUGCCGUUAUUUAAGUGCCGAUUAAGGUGCUGUUUUUUUUAUUUCGGCCACCAGCGCCAAGAGGGACGUUGCUCGUGUUCCGACCCCGAGCAAUGUCCAUAAGUGGAUGUCGGGUUUGUGAGUGCUGAUUGAGUGGCCAUUUGUUCAUCCGGCCCCCAGCGCCAAAAGGACCUUGCUCGUGAUCCGGCCCCGAGCAAAGGCCAGUGUUUGAUGCCGGGAAUUGCCGCCCAACAAGGCGUUUCAAGCUUGUGUUCCAGCCUCGAGCGCUGAAGGGAUUCUUGCGUCGUUUUCUUGCCGAGAAGAGGAGCGUGAUGUUCCGAGCGUGAACAUAUCACCAAAAACAUCAAGGUAAGCUUAAGGUUUAUGGUUUUUAUUCAUUAAUGGUUUGAUUCGCAUCUGACGCACUCUUUUCAUUUCGUGCACAGAUUGCAGAGCAGCAAGAUUGCUGCAAUUUAAAAAUUCCGGCAAGAGAUCUGCCACAUUGGCGCCCGAAUAAAAUAGAACUUUUGUAAAAUACUACAAAAAUAAAAUUUAAAAAUGGACAUAAUUGAUUUGAAUGAUGAGGAAAUUGAUUACGAGCUUCGGCUCAGAAACAAAUUUGACCUUGGUUUUAGCAAUCGCAGAACUAAACUUAGUGCGUUGCGAUCAUUAAUCACGGAGGAGAAAAAAGCAAACACUUUUGCUAAGUCCUCAGAUCACGUGAUGAAUAUUGAAGAUAAUCUCAACAUAUGUUUAACAAACUUAGAAGCGAUCAAAUUAAAUACACGUAAAGCUGUCAUUGAUAACGAUUCGAAUUCGAAAAAGCAAUUGCUUUCGCGUCUUGAGCAUUACCGCAAUAGAUUGGAUUUAAUUCCUAAGGAUCAACCGCGUAGUGAGUUACUAGUGCAACUUACAAGUGAAGUGAAACAGUUACAUACAAUAUUGACAUCGAAUGAAGAUACUGGUGGUGUAGACAACACUCAGCUUGAGGCAGCAGCAAAUUUGACGAUUUCGGACAGUAUACCGAGAACAUCCAGCCCUUUUAGAGGAUUCGGUGAAGAGGAUUUGAGGAACGAUCGAAGCACCAGGGGUGCAACCGUACCAUCGACAGAUCCGGUCAAUUUAAGUCGUCGGAUGGAAACUAUGCAGAGAACUGGAGCAAUACCCAAAUCCAACACCAACGCAGAUGCGAGACGUGACAUCGAUUCCAGCAAAAGGAAUCAAACGGAGCUGUUGGAAGAGAUCUUGGAAAGACUCAGGCAGUUACCCAUUGCGCAGCCACAACAAGUAAUCCAGAAUCAUCAGACACUUCAUCAAAACACUAAUGCAGCUAUGCAGCAAGUAGAGAUGCAGCAGGCGCCUCCGUUACCAGAUCGAGGCAAUUCGCAGAGGCAUCGAGGUCUACAUCGGGAGAACCAGAACAACGAAAUGUCGCAGGAGCUCCGAGAUGAAGUAUUGCUUUCGAUACUCAGGGAACAGAAUAGGCAUCAAAGAGGACCAAGAGGAAAACCAAUUCACGCCUGGCCUUUUAAGUACGACGGAAAGGGUAGUCCUUUGGAUCUGAUUGUUUUCAUUAAGAAGGUAGAGAAAUUUGCAAUGACUGAUGACAUGAAUGGUGACGAGUUGAUGUCACAAAUAAAAUUUUUGCUAGUUGGCAAAGCUUUAGACUGGUUUUGCUUGUCAUGCAACGCAUAUAUUUCCUGGGACGAAUUCAAAACAAAAAUUAAACAACAAUUCAUUCCGCGAGACUUUGCACAGUUGAUAAGAAAACAAGUAUAUUGCAGAGUACAAAAGCCAAAUGAAUCUUUUGAAACUUUCAAUUGGGAAAUGACUUUAAUGUUUGGUGCAGCUGAUCCUCCAUUUUCGGAGAUGGACCAAUUCCACAUUAUUAGGACGAACUUGAAUCAACACUUCAGACUAGUAACUAUCGCCGCUCAGGUUUCAUCACUGGCUAGCUUAAUCAAAGUAUGUGAAGAGGUGGAUGAAGCGAAUAUCAAUAGUGGUAGUUUCGCAGCAAAUUCAAAUCGACCACAAGAAUUAGGACGAGCAAACGUUUACAGACAGCUUAGACCACAGAUGCAGAGGGACAAUAGGCCAACAGUUCAACACGGAAUAAACGCAAUUGAAAGUGAGAACACACAACAAUGGAAUUCGUCGUUAAUGCAGCAUAACAUGCUAGACUCAUCACAACAGUACGACAGCAACAUACCUCUAGAUCCAUCGAUACACAACUAUCAAGCCACAAGGGAAAGACAGACCGAAGUAUCCGAAUUUGGAAAUGAACUGAAUGGUGCAGGUUGCAACGCAGUUCAAGUGGACAAUAAAGGGCAAAACUUCAGAAUGAUGAAUCGCCAAACACCAAUCAACCCGACAACGACAUUGAGAUGCUGGCAAUGCGGCAGAGAUGAUCAUUUCUUCCUCACAUGCCCAUUUCCGAAAACACACCUGUUUUGCUAUCGUUGCGGGAAGCAAGGUUACACGGUACGGAACUGUACUGAUUGUAUCCAAAUGGCCAGAGAGCUCAUGCAAAGCCAUCCGGGAAACGCCCGAGGCGGCAACUGCUAGAGGGUCCAAUUUUGCUGCCGAAAACCAAACUCGACCCCACCAAAUGUACAGUUAAAAACUUCGGCCAGUCAAACAUAGCAGUACACAACAUCGCCACAAUUGACAACAGGCCGUAUCUUGACGUGACAUGCAGAGGAAUCCCGAUGAAAGG